GCACCAUACGAGUUUUUUUAUAAUUUCGACCUGUUUUAGUUUGGCUAUACGUGCCAGUAUAUAAAUUUGUAAAAAGGUUCUCUCAAAUUAAGCAAUAAUGGGACAUUAUGAAAACAUUGGUUAUUCAAAAAAUACCAUAUACUUGUGUCCGACAGACAAAAAACACAUAUGUUCAUGGGAAGGCCUCAGCGAUGAUAUUUUACAACACUUUGUGGAUGAACACGAAAAUCUAUUGUUUCACGAAAACGAAAUAGAUGUAUAUUUACGUGAAGAAUCAGAAAAUAGAUUGCUGUUUUGGAAUGAGGAAAUAUUUUUGGUGCAAAGUAAGAUAGUUGAGACGAAUCUGUUGGUGUAUUUAAGGUAUUUAGGACCAUUUCAUCUCGCGAAAUGUAUAAAUUAUAGAUUACAAGCUAAGACAAAAACUGGGGCUUGUAUAAGUAAUAUUAAAUCAUUAGAUGGUGCUUUUCAUAUAAGUGUAGAAAAUAUUAAAGUCGACAUUCUUACAUUAAAAUUUACCAUUCUUCUACCAGCUAAGGAGGAAAGUUCGCUUGUAGAAAUUAGUACUGAAAAUAUAAUUGAGACUGUGAAACCUACAAAAAUAUUAAAGGAAAUACAGGAAGAGAUCGAGGAUAGCGACACAAUUUUAGACGACAUUUUCCCAGAUAGACGCUUAAAAAGUUUUAUCCAUCGAACGCACAGCGUGCCAGUCGAGUAUCGCAAAAACUGCAACGUCAAAAGGAAUUAUAGCCUGAAUCUGUCCAAACAUAACGAUACUCCAAUUUGUUCAAACUGCAAAGGUAGGCUCCUUCCCCCAGCUUACCUUUGCCAAGACAAACACAGCGUGUGCUCGGAGUGCCACAAAGAAAACCGUUGUAAUUUGUGCGGUAAAGAGUUUACUCACGAUAGAAACUAUUUACUAGAAGAAAAAUGUAGAAAUUACACGUAUCCCUGCAAAUAUGCAUUAAAAGGUUGCAACGAGACUUUAACAUACAAAAAUAUUUUGUACCAUGAAACGAAUUGCGCUCAAUGCGACUAUAGUUGCUGUUUGCCUGGGUGUACAGAUACUGGGCAGCUAUUUAAAAUAAAGGAACACUUUAAAAUUAUGCACGGCAGCAUCAAGUUGCAUGAGGUUCAUAUAAUACCGUUCCCGAGGAAAUCCUGCAUGUUUUUAGUGCACGAAAAAGGCGUUUUCUACUGUGAAUCUACGGAUGAUGAAAACUUUGUAAAAUGGAAAGUACAAUUUUGUGGUCCAAAGGAAAGAAAGUAUUCCAUAAGUUUAAAGUUUUUGGAUAAAACUAAAACUGAAAAGAUUUUGAAGAAAAUUGACAAUAAAUAUUUGCUACAAUUAUCUUAUGAUGAAAUUAAAAAAAUGAAACUAAAAAAUAAAAGUCCCACGUUAAAUAUUGGAUACGUAUAUUGAAUUGUAAUAUAUUUCACUGUAUUAUAUAUAUAUAAUUA